AUGUCGGAGACGCUCCAGGUUCUCGACGCGGAUGCCGCCUGGUUGGUUCCGCAUCUGCCGUCAGAAUCUGCCAUCCAAUCAGCCGAGACCCAGAGCCGUCCUUUCGUUACUCUGACCUUCGCAACAUCGCUAGAUUCUUCGCUUUCCCUCGCUCCUGGAGUACGUACGCGUUUAUCGGGCCCCGAAUCCAAGGCCAUGACCCACCAUCUGCGUCGCCAGCAUGACGCUAUCCUCGUUGGAGUUGGGACUGUUCUCGCCGACGACCCAGGCUUGAACUGCCGCAUCGCAGGUGCGGGUCUUGAUGCUCAACCUCGGCCCAUCGUGGUGGAUCCCCGCGGCCGCUGGGACUUUACUGAGCACAAUAAGGUCUUUGAGGUCGCCCGAGCAGGCAAGGGACUCGCGCCUUUUGUUCUCAUCGGGUCGACGGCGGCUGUCCAUUCCAAGAAAAAAUCCAUUUUGGAAGCUCACGGUGGAAAAUUUGUUGUUCUUGACGCCAAAGAGACUGAGCCGCGUUUCGAUUGGCAGUCUAUCCUUUCUGUUCUCCAUAGCGAAGGCCUACACAGCGUCAUGGUCGAAGGAGGUGGCCAGGUUAUCAAUUCGCUCCUGAACCCUGACUCCCAGCAGUUCGUCGACACGGUCAUCGUGACCGUUGCACCCACUUGGCUUGGACGGGGGGGCGUUGUCGUUUCUCCUGAGCGAGUCCAUACUCCAGACGGGACGCCCGUUCCUGCUGCACGAUUGGCAAAUGUAGCGUGGCAUCAAUUUGGUGAGGAUAUCGUCCUUUGCGGCAAACUCAGCCGCGAGGGCUAG